AUGCUCCACAAUGGUGAACCAGACCAAUCUGAAGAGACUGCAUCCAUGCCUCCAGGGCCACCUUCUGACAUUAAGGUUGAGUCCCUUUUGGAUACUUUGCUGUGGGCAGUGGCGAAAUUUGGUUCCCUCAGUGCCACUAUGCAGAAGUUGGCUGAGCUUGCUGACAAGAUUAGGGAAUCGAAUGCCGCGCUGGGUCCAAAGGUUGACAACCAGAACCUGGCGAUCACGAAGAUCAGUGACGCCGUUGUCGGCCUAGCAGCUCACAUCAAAGUGGGCUCAGAGGCUGUUAGCCCUAUUUUGCACCAAAUCAAGAGCUUGUCUAAGGCAAUGACCGAUGCCAGUCGGCAGCUUUCGGGCAGCGGAAAAGAGCCGAGGCAUCGCUACAUCUACCAGCAGCAAAAGGCCUUGGAUUUGGGUGGAGGCCACCCGAAGGCUCUGUGA